UUCUGCUGAGCCUGCGCAAUAUAAUUACCUUGCAGCACGCUUAAGCGCGCAGCGCUGUUGUGUGUGCAUGCAAUUUGCAAGCAUGGUGGCGAAAGUGCUGGUGAUCUACAGCGGAGGCACGUUCGGGAUGGUGUGGAAUGACGAGAAAAGAGGCAAGUUGAUCGAGAAGUAGUUUUUGUUCCUGUGUGUGUGAAACUAACAAUGCACUCGCAGCUACCGCAGGCUGGACUCACUUUGAUGAUAUACGCGCAUGCGUGUACAUUACACACCAGGCUUGCGUGUUUACUUUUCCACCCAGGAUAUGAUUGGCAUACCCUCGGCUCUCUGCAGACCAAGAUCAAGACCUACCCCACCCUAUACGACAAAGACUACUGCAUUACUACAGAUGAUAAACAUUGCUUUGAGCCCUUUCAGCCCAUCCCACUCCCGUUUGUCAGGGACUCCAAGCAUCGUGUCUUAUAUUGCAUCACUGAGUACGACCCUCUAAUGGACUCGUGUAAUAUGAACAUGGAUGACUGGGCAAAGCUGGCCAGAGACAUAGAGAAGCACUACGAGCAGUUUGAUGGAUUUGUGAUACUCCACGGGACAGACACCAUGUGCUACACUGCCUCGGCUCUCUCCUUCAUGUUGGAGAAUCUCGGGAAACCUGUCAUCCUCACUGGAGCUCAGCUGCCACUGUCUGAAACAAGAAGUGAUGCCCAUGGAAACAUGCUGGGGGCUCUUCUAAUGGCUGGUUCUGGAUAUGCACAUAUCCCGGAGGUAUGCAUUUACUUUGGUCAUCAACUGCUUCGUGGCAACAGGACCUCAAAGACAAGUGCCACCUCCUUCUCCCCUUAUUCCUCUCCCAACCUCCCAACUCUUGCCACUCUCGGCAUGAACGUCUCAAUUGCUGGUCACCAUGCAAGAUGCCGAGACCUCAAAUUUAAGGCUCAUUCAGCAAUGUGUCCUGACGUGGGGACACUUACUCUAUUUCCUGGGAUGACUCCGCAACUGGUAGAGACAUUUCUGCAGCCUCCACUGAAAGGAGCUGUUCUACAGACAUACGGAGCAGGACACUUUCCCACGCAGCGGCCUCUGUUGGACAAGGUCGCACAAGCCUGUGGGAGGGGAGUGGUGGUGGUAAACUGCUCCCAAUGUCCUCAUGGGACCACACACACUGCGUCAGAGGAGUUGUGUGAGCUUGGUGUGGUGUCUGGGGCGGACCUGACUGUGGAGGCAGCUCUCACUAAACUCUCCUUCCUCCUCGGACAGACACACCUCAGUGUCCACGACGUCAGAAAGAGAAUGGAGGAGGACUUACGAGGAGAAAUGACUGUUGAAAGCUGCACUUUGACUGCCGCUGUGUAUUCUAAAGGUACUGUUGAAAGCUGUUCUAAAGGUACUGCAUCCAAUGGUCUACACCCUGAUGGGGAACAGUCUAAUGCAAUUACAACAAAUCACCAGAGCUGACAAAAACUGAUAGUGAGAUAUAAUAUAUUGAUCACGGUAAUGCUGGCUAUAUUAUAUAUAUAUCAAUUUGAAAAGAUGAUGUAGUAAUGUCACGGUCAUAACAAUUUUGAAGUAGGUUCAUCAGAACUGCUUUGCUGCAUAAAUUAACUGGUGGGAGCACUGUUCAGCUAUAAAGCCGACGUAAGAGGAGUCAACUCUCCACACAAAUUUCUAGCCAUCAACUUUCUGGCGUUGUGGACGCUGAGGUGUGUCUGUCCGAGGAGGAAGGAGAGUUUAGUGAGAGCUGCCUCCACAGUCAGGUCCGCCCCAGACACCACACCAAGCUCAC